AAUCAGUGCAUCAGUGUGGGGAGGAGGGAGGGACGCUGUGACGCUCGUUCCACACACCCUGUCUUCACAAAGUGGUCCAGAGAAGCACAGAACAGUGAGACAGAGAGAGGGUGGAUGAGAGGGGAAGAAUAAGAAAAGAGGAAGGAAAGCGUGCCUCUGAGAUUUACGCAGAUUUUUUAUAAAGACAGUUUCACCUUUUUGCUUUUUGUAAAAUAGCUUAAACCGGACACAAUCAAAGAUGCCUAACUUUGCAGGGACCUGGAAAAUGAAAAGCAGUGAAAAUUUUGAAGAGCUUCUCAAAGCCCUCGGGGUGAAUGCCAUGCUAAGGAAAGUGGCCUGUGCUGCAGCGUCCAAGCCCUCAGUGGAAAUCCGUCAGAAUGGAGAGCAGUUCUACAUUAAGACCUCGACCACCGUCAGGACCACGGAAAUCAACUUUCAGAUAGGAGUGGAGUUCAAUGAGGAAACAGUGGAUGGACGAAAAUGCAAGAGCCUGGCCACAUGGGAGACGGAAAAUAAGAUCGCCUGUAGGCAGACACUGUUGGAUGGAAAUGGACCGAAGACAUACUGGACUCGAGAGCUGAGAGGGGAUGAGUUAAUCCUGACGUUCGGAGCUGAUGACGUGGUGUGCACAAGGAUUUAUAUGCGGGAAUGAGGCCCAUGAGAACCAGAUGAAGAAAUCAGUCAGCGCUCACAGGAGUGACACUUCAUUUCCACUUUACAUUACAGGGCUUUUUGUACCAAUUUGUAGAAACCUGUGGAAUAGCUUUCUUACACAUACUGGACCAUGAAACGUAAUAGCAGUGGCUCUUUAUAAGUUGAUAGUAUUUGAUAUAGGGCUUUUAGACAAGUGUAAUACAAUGUAAGUGGUAUUCAUACUGUAACUUGCCAUAUAUUUUUUAUGUUUUUGUGUUUAAUUGCUUUGUACUAGUUUCAUUAAAAUUACUUUAAAUAAUAGUGGUCUCUAUAGCCAUAGUUACAAUGUUCGAGUCCUUUUAUCUCACAGCAGCAAUGAGAACAUGGCUAAUAAAAAAAAGCCUAGCAGAAAGAGAGAGAGAGAAAAAAAUAACCACAAAAGUCUUUGUGUAUAUCACUGGAUGGACCAUCUUGAUGCCAAGAGCAUGAAUGAUUAAAAAACAUACUGGCUUAACUGAUGUUUAACUGCAGAAAUGUUUAGAUUUAUAAGCAGCCAUUUGAGAGUAUAAGCUUACUAAGUGCAUGGUGGGUGUCCAUGCCAAUAUUUUGUUCCACAUGACAAAACAACUGUCUACUGUGGUCAAAGAUAUUUGCUGUUGA